CGUAACUAAUGUGCAAUUUAUUCGAAGAAAUUUGCAUAUUUUCGUUUCAUACUUGUGUAAAGUUAAAUAACUUAUUACAAAAUUAGCUUUGUAAAAAAAACCUUACCUAAAAUGAAUAACGUACUACGCAAAAAUAUUUUUCCUUUAUAUACAAAUGUUUUGAAAUUGUCAUGUCGUUAUUUGGCUGAUGCUCCAGUAAAGGAGAAAAUUGAUAAAAUAGUUAAAAAUAACAAAGUCGUAGUAUUUAUGAAAGGUGUUCCAGAUGCACCAAGAUGCGGCUUUAGCAAUGCUGUGGUUCAAAUAAUGAGAAUGCAUGCUGUACCAUAUGAAAGCCAUGAUGUACUGGCAGACGAAAGUAUUCGGCAAGGAAUUAAAGACUACUCAAAUUGGCCCACAAUACCUCAAGUUUUCAUUAAUGGAGAGUUUGUUGGAGGAUGUGACAUUAUGCUGCAGAUGCACCAAUCCGGUGAACUAGUGGAGGAAUUGAAGAAAGUUGGCAUCAAAAGUGCUUUACUUACUGCAGAGGAAGCUAAGGUUGAGAAAAAGUAGCCAUUAGGUAUAUUGUAUACUUUGUAUACUUAUAGAUAACAUUGUAUGAAAUGAUUAGGUAAUAAAUUAUUUGAUUUUCAAAUAGGGGCUUUGUACAAGGUUUGAAAUAAAAUGAAUAUAAGAUCUUGUAUGUAGUGUCAAUAGUUGUUUUGCCUGAAAACAUGGAAAUGGCUGUUAGUAUAAAGUUAAUAUUUUAAAUGUUUAAAGACACAUAGGUAGUUACACUUUGAGAAUAUCUCCAUAACACUUCUGUGGAGGGUUCAAUGGGGAACAGGCAGAGAUGACAGAAAGAGAGCUAAUAAAGAUUUUUGCCAAUAAGUGUUCUUCCUUGCUAGUCCCAACUGUGUUGUGAAAACUAUAUCUAUGAUAUUUUACUUCUAUCUUGCUCUAGAGAUGUCUGUAACUAAGGUGUUCCACAAGAUUCAAUAAUUUUUUAAUACUUUGACAAAGCCAAAUUGAUGACUAAAAAUCUUGAUUGAUAUUUGAAGAUUAAAAUAUUUUUUUUAUUAACUUCAAGACAAAUUCAAGUUGUGCUGUAUAAUGUUAUUAUAGAUUAUCAUAAAUCUACUUUUUUGCAAUCAAAUGUAACGUUUUUAUGUGAAAUGCAAUAUAUUUUCAGAAAACUAAUAUUUGAUGGAUGUUACCUUUCAAUAUUUUCAGAAAUGUAGAUGUUUCUAAAAUGUACCAUAAGAACAAACUUAUAUUUUAGCUUUAUUUUCAGAAUUGUGUUGUUAAAAGGCAAUAUUUAUCUGAACAAUGCAAUCUGAAAAACUUGUUUCAUGAUGUUUGCAUUUGUAGACCAAAAAAGUUGUAAUUAAUUAAAUAAACAUUUAUUGUUUUAA